UCUCUGCUGAAAUCUGACCAAUGGAAAAGAGGAAGAAAGGAUCUGCUGUUGAACUGAGACUUAUGGUGAUCGGGAGCAGCGGACCGUCCCAGUUUCUCCUGACCAACGCCAUACUCGGGAGGAAGGAGUUCACCAAGGAUGUCUCCAGCAUAUCCAGCAGCUUGAAGAACACCGGAGAGCUGGCUGGCAGACGGGUGAUGGUGGUCAACGGACCAAACAUCUACGACAAGGAUAUUUCUCAGGCCAAGAGGAAGAUGGAGCUCAGAAAGUCCAAGUGCCUGUGUAUCCCCGGCCCCCACGCCUUCCUUGUUGCUUUUGACAUUGAGAAAAUCUCCCCAAACGACAUGAGAACCCCCCGGCUGAUGAAGGAGCGCUUCGGGAGACACUGUCUGAAACACUGCAUGGUCCUCCUGGCCUACGAAGGAAGCCUGGAUGGAUUUGACUUGGAAGACAAAGUGCUGAAGACAGACUGGCACCUGCGGGAUCUGAUCGACAAGUACGGCGGACGCUUUCACGUCUUCAGCAAGAACUGGAGGGACCGGAGUCAGGACCGGGAGCUGCUGAGGAAGAUAGAGCUGAUGGUGGCCUCUUUAGGCGGCGGCUACUUCUCCAGCAGGACUUUCCAGAAAGCAGAGGACUCGGUGAAGACAGAGGAGAAGAGGCUGAGGAAGCAGCGGGCGGCAGAGAUCGAGAAGAUGUGGAACGAGAUGGAGAAGCAGUACGUGGCGGACGAGCUGGGCUGCAAGAAGAACGCCUUCACCGCCAACGUCAGCGCCGAGAUCAGGGCCAAAGCGGAGGUCGACAACGAGUGGCUGAGGACGUCCCUGGCCCGGGGACUGGGGACGGGGAUGGUGGUGGGGGCGGUGAUGGGAGCUCUGGUCGGGUCCAUCGAGGGACCGGGCGGAAUGGUUCUGUACGGUAUUAUCGGUGGGGCCGUCGGGGGGUCGGCGGGGGGGACGGCCCAGGUGGCCAUAGAGCACAUGGACAACAGGAUGGCACCGCCCGCCAGGCUCAACUUCAACUCAAUCUUCAUCAACCGCUUUUUUGCAGCUCCUCGAGCAUGA